AUGGCCGAGCAGGAGAGCCUGGAGUUCGGCAAGGCCGACUUUGUCCUCCUGGACCAGGUGACCAUGGAGCACUUCAUGGAGAACCUGAAGCUGAGGUUCGAGAUGGGGCGGAUUUACACCUACAUCGGGGAGGUGGUGGUCUCCAUGAACCCCUACAAGCAGACGCAGCUCUACGGGAAGGACGUGAUCGAGCAAUACCAGGGCCGAGAGCUGUACGAGCGGCCGCCGCACCUCUAUGCCGUGGCCGACGCCGCCUACAAGGCCAUGAAACGCCGAGCCAAAGACACCUGCAUCGUCAUCUCAGGGGAGAGUGGUGCUGGGAAGACGGAAGCCAGUAAAUACAUCAUGCAGUACAUAGCGGCCAUCACUAACCCCAGCCAGAGGGAAGAGGUGGAGAGGGUGAAGAACGUGUUGCUCAAGUCCAACUGCGUCCUGGAGGCCUUCGGCAACGCCAAGACCAACCGCAACGACAACUCCAGCCGCUUCGGCAAAUACAUGGACAUCAACUUCGACUUCAAAGGGGACCCCACCGGCGGCCACAUCAACAACUACCUCCUGGAGAAGUCUCGCAUCCUCCACCAGCAGCCGGGCGAGAGGAACUUCCACUCCUUCUACCAGCUGCUUCUCGGGGCCUCGGACCCUCGGCUGGUCUCCCUCCAUCUCUGCAGAGACCCUGCAGCCUACCGCUUCACCAGCGAGGGCGCCAGCAACAACCUGCUGACCAGCGAUCAGUCCAACUUCAAGGCCGUGGCAGACGCCAUGAAGGUGAUCGGCUUCAGCCCGGAGGAGAUCAACUCAGUCUACAAGAUCCUGGCUACUAUUUUACACCUGGGCAACGUGAGCUUCGUCACCGAGGGAGAUGCCGUGGCGAUAGAGAACAGGGAGCUGGUCUCUCAGCUAGCGGAGCUGACCUCCACCCAGCCGGAAAGUCUGCUGAGAACCCUGCUGUACCGCGCGGUGGCCACGGGCGGCGGGGAGGUCAUCGAGAAGGGUCAUAGUGGCAAGGAAGCCAACUAUGCCAGGGACGCCUGCGCCAAGGCCAUCUACGAGCGGCUGUUCUGCUGGAUCGUGGGGCGCAUCAACACCGUCAUCGAGGUGAAGAACUACGACGCCCGGCUCCACGGCAAGAACACCGUCAUCGCCGUGCUGGACAUCUACGGCUUCGAGAUCUUCGAAAGCAACAGGUAGAGCCCAGCCAGCCACCUCGGGCCACGCAGCCAGCCCGGCUGGAGGCCUGCCCAGCAGGACCCGGCCCUACCCACCGCCUCCUCUCCCAGCAUGCACUGGGGCUGGGGUCACAUCGAGUACUUCAACAACCAGAUCAUCGUGGACCUGGUGGAGCAGCCGCACAAGGGCAUCAUCUCCAUCCUGGACGAGGCCUGCCUGACCGGGGGCCAGGUCACGGACGCCAUGUUCCUGGAGUCCAUGAACACCAAGCUGGGCAAGCACCCCCACUACACCAGCCGCAAGCUCUGCGCCACCGACAAAUCCAUGGAGUUCGGCCGGGAUUUCCGCAUCAAGCACUAUGCCGGGAACGUCACGUACUCGGUGGAGGGGUUUAUCGACAAGAACAAGGACACCCUCUUCCAAGAUUUCAAGCGGUUGAUGUACAACAGCACGGACCCCGUCCUGAGGGACAUGUGGCCGGAGGGCGAGGUCAGCAUCACCGAGGUGACCAAGCGCCCCCUGACGGCCGCCACCCUCUUCAAGAACUCCAUGGUGGCGCUGGUGGAGAACCUGGCCUCCAAGGAGCCCUACUACGUGCGCUGCAUCAAGCCCAACGACCAGAAGUCGCCGCUGCUCUUUGACGCCGAGCGCUGCCGCCACCAGGUGGAGUACCUGGGCCUGCUGGAGAACGUGCGGGUCCGCAGGGCCGGCUUCGCCUACCGGCAGCCCUACGACCGCUUCCUGCUCAGGUAUAAGAUGACCUGCGAGUACACGUGGCCCAACCACCUCAUGCCCACGGACCAGGAGGCCACGCGGGCCCUCAUCGACCAGCACGGCUUCCAGGACGACGUGGCCUAUGGCCACACCAAGAUCUUCAUCCGCAUGCCCCAGACCCUCUUCUGCCUGGAGCAGGAGCGGGCCCAGCUCAUCCCCAUCAUCGUGCUCCUGCUGCAGAAGGCGUGGCGGGGGGCCCUGGCCCGGCGGCGCUGCCGGUACCUGCGUGCCAUCUACACCAUCAUGGGCCACUACAAGCGGCACAAGGUGAAGACGUACCUGCUGGAGCUGGUGCGCCGCUUCCAGGGGGUGCGCAGCAUGGCCGACUACGGCAAGAGCGUGGAGUGGCCCGACCCGCCGGCGGUGCUGGCGCAGUUCCAGGAGAACAGCAAACUGCUCUUCCGCAGGUGGCGAGCCAGGCAGAUCGUGAAGAACAUCCCUCCCUCGGACAUGGCGCAGAUCCAGGCCAAGGUGGCGGCCAUGGAAGUGCUGCAGGGCUUGCGCAAAGACUGGGGUUGCCAGAGGAACUGGGGCCGGGAUUACCUGUCGUCGGUGGCUGAAAACCCUGUCAUGGCCGCCCAGUUCGCCAGGAGGGUGCAGGCCCUGAGGGACAAAGUGCACUUCGGCUCGGUGCUAUUCUCCUGCCAUGUUCGCAAGAUCAACCGCUUUAACAAGAGCAGGGACCGGGCCAUUCUCGUCACAGACCAGCACCUCUACAAACUGGAGCCCAGGAAGCAGUACAAGGUGAUGCGGACCCUGCCUCUGAGCACGGUGACGGGGGUGAGCGUGACCAGCUGCCAAGACCAGCUGGUGGUUUUUCACACCCAGAACCACGACGACCUGGUCAUCUGCUUCCAUAAGAUGCAGCCGGAAGAGGACAACCGAGUUGGGGAGCUGGUGGGGGUGCUGGUGGACCACUUCAAAACAACGAAGCGUGAGCUGCAGGUGCGCGUGUCGGACUGUAUCCAGCUGAGCCUGCGCGGGAGGAAGAGGCUGGUUGCCGUGGAGACGCGCCACGAGCUGGCCUUCCCCGACUUCGGCAAGAGCCGGGACGGCUUUGUGCUUUACUGUCCCAGGAGAUGA